UGAGCACGGACAUCUCGGUGGUCGAAGACUCUCUAUUUGUGAGCCGUUGGUGUGAGACUUUGAGACUUCCGAUUACAUUUAUGAUACACAGUGAGCGAGUACAGGGGCAUCAAAGGUAUUGUUCCCGUGCCAAAAGUGGUGUGCCUUUCGUUCUCUCAGCUGUGGUUGAGCUUCAAAAAAUCCAAUGAUCGGCCGGCAGCUGCCCGUCGUUGAGUGAGUGGACUUUGGAGACCUGAAAAAACCGUUGAUAGAAACAAGAUUUUGAGUCCUAUCUUUUUUUUCGUCAGUGCCUGCGUGUAAAUAUCGGUUGAUCGAGCAUUCCUUUCCCUUGUAUGUUGAUCGUGGGUCCAGAGUUACGGAGAGGCCCCAAAGGUGCACAUAUUUUUCCGCUUGGGCCCCACCACCAAGUUGAUCAAUCAUAGGACGAGAGAGAAAAGAGUUUUCUUUCAUCCCGAACGUACGUACGUAGGUACGUGGUAUUCAGUUUUUGUUCCUCGGUCUCUCGGACAAAUACGUUCGUUUCUACAUGAAUGAACCCUCUUUCCUCGUCACCCAUUGAGCGACACACCAACAACACACCACAACACACCACAACCCCCCACUCAGACCAUGCAAUCUGAGGUGGGCCUUCCACUGCCCAACAGCAAUGGAUUUCCAAAUUUGGGGAUCUCCUCGUCCCGUCUGGGCUGCCCUUUGCCGCCUCGUCCUCCCACACCGAAAAAUGGUAGCAUUGGUAGUGUUAGUAGUCGAAAUUGUGCGGGGGCACCGCUCCCAUCUCAGCUGCAACAAAACAGUGCCUCAACCAUGGGCCAAUCUGAGGAUGCUAAUUUGCGGAAAUUAUCCCAAGCAGCAGACAGAGUGCCGAUAAUGUCUUCUGGAGUGGUUGGUGUUGGAAGUGGUCAAUUUGACGAAUCCCAAGACAGCUCGGAGUUUCCAUCAUCACCAUCGGGCCAUCAAGACUAUGAGAACCUAAGCUCUUCCACACGCCAAGCACCGUCUCAACGACAGAAGCGCGAAGUUCUUCCGCCAACUCCACCACAUCCAAGUCAGCCAGUAGAUUCAUCACGGAGCCAUUCGAUGCUGUCAUCUACGCCUAACGCGAAUGUCUCAGGUACCACCAAGUCACCCAGAAGAAAAGCUAGCGAUGAUGGCGCACAUUAUUCAGAUUUGACCCCGAAACAUCGCUCCCAUCAUCAUCAUCCGCAUCCACAUCGACAUCAUCAGCUUCGUCCUUCAAAGUCUUUGGGUGCUCCUUCAAGACGACCGACCUCUCCCUCGGCACAGGGUUCGUCUUCGCAACCCUCGGAGGAAGGGGGAAGUGUUGCCCCCACCAAUGGUGACAUCGUGAAACCCCAAGUGACUUCUGUAAAUGGGCAUGAUGAAUCGAACUCCAUAUAUCAGCCGUCGAAUAUGUUCAACAACUAUUCAGACCAUUUGAGGUCAUCCUCCUACGUAAUGAUGCAACAGAAUCAUACGAACCGAAAAUCGGGCGGAAUCUAUCACCAACCUCAGAGUCUGCCCUACAUGUCUGCUUCAAUGCUCAUCGAAGCUCCGGCUAAGCACUCGGCGAGUCCUGUGAGAAAACACAGUGACGUUUUCCCCAAGACUCCGCGGACCUGUGAACUGGAGGAGUAUGCCCGAAGGUACGAGGCUUCCGUGAUGCAAAAAGGUCAAAGACGAAGACCCACGCCCCCGAGUUGUUCUAACGAACAUCAGUUGCACUUUUGGCAGAGCCAACAGCAACGACGGCAUAGCGUAUGGACGCGGGUCCCAUCCGAUGACAACUACUCCAAUGGCCGGGAUUCGGUCAUGACCAAUAGCUCCAGUGAAACUAUCAAGUACCAAGAUAACAAUGAAAACAAUCGCGGCUUCCAUCCGGUUUCAAACCACUACCACUCUUCAGCCUUGUAUCAAAACCAGGAGAGCUUAUCUCUGAAUUAUAGUAACCACUAUAGCAACAUGCAUCAAUUGAAACGGAGCAACCAACAGAGCCAUUAUCAGAACCUGAUCAACGACUAUGCCUCGUUGCCUCCCGAACCCAGGGCACAUCGCGACCUCAAGAAAUUCCCAUUGCAAACUUACUCCUCUUCCAAACACCUUGGUUCUCAAGAAAAAGGACAAGAUGUAUCGGAUAGCAGUUCGAGGCCGGGUCUCCGACACCAGGUCUCAGAGCGCAUUAUCUCCAAAUCCAAAUCGGAAAACAAGGAAAACACUGCCACGGAUCUUCACCACUCCAAAUCGGUACCGAACCUGGCCAACAACAUUCUCCAGCAGCCCCAACAUACCAAUGGCUCAGGUGAUCACUCUUCCGGUGAUAUUGAUCACGAUCUAACCAGUGAUCCGGCCAAUUUUUCGUAUUUGGAUCCGGAAAAACGACUCCGCGUGACGGAUAACACACUCAAGCUCAUUCAAAAGCAAGCGCUUUUGGACUACUAUGAGCGACACAAUACUCUGAGGAGGCCAGGAUUGGCCUCGCAUCUGAAUGGGGGGAAAUUUCCCAAUAGUGUCAAUGAUCUGGACUCCGGGUUUUACAGCCCGACCGAGUCCAAAGUGAACUGUGAGACCACAUUAUCCAAUGUGGCCGAAGUUGACCAUCACGUCUCUCCCAGUCAGAGUCAGAGUGAUGGCAGUGAUACCAAGUACGAGGAGGAACUCGCCCAAUAUGACGAUGACGACAUUGAUGAAGAAUUGGAAAAAGUGAUAUCGAACCUAGAAGCCGAGGAGAAUGGGUCAGACAGCACAGACAGUGCUCGACCAGUCUACCUUCAGGAGAAGGCCCAGGCUUAUCGAAAUGGAGCCACCCUAGAGGAAAAGAGGGAAAUUACACCACCAACGAUCAGCGGGACCCUGGAGGUGUGGCGGCAACGGCAAGAGUCAGAGAGGGACAGGAUUCGAAGAAUGGAACUCCAUCCAUCACCACCAGAGCGUCCCCCCAAGAAACCCCAUCUCCGAUCCUCGAGUAGCCGAGACAACACCCCUCCACCAACCACACCUCCACGAGGUCACACGCCCUCCCAUUCAUCGAGCUCAGGCUCGUCUCGAGUGACCACCCCGAUAUCUUAUUCCCGGUCAUCUUCAAUCCGCCACUCGAAACCCAAAUUUCCUUCUCCACCUGGUUCUCCUCGGAGUGGGGCCAAGGCUCGAAGCCCCACGCCUCCACCUCCACCCUCCCCGCUACCCCGGAUGCCAAGCCCACCUAGCAUCCAGGACUUGCCACUGCCACCCCCACCUCCGCCCAGUGCGGAAGGCCUUAGUCAUGCUGUUCCGAGCGGAUUGAACCUCCCUCCGCUGCCCGAGCAGCUGUUGUCCCCUCAAAACAACUCAAGAAUAUGUGAUUCGCCCAAGAACAAGGAUUCUCCCUUGUCGCCCCAUCAUGGCAUGGAGGGCAAAUACCGGAGAACGUCCUCCCCCUCCAUUUGCAACGCUCCCAAUGUGAAGCCCUCGGUGAACGUGAACGACAACCCCGGGAUGGGCGACAACAGUUUGAACCAUUCCCCAGUUCGAGCCCCGAAGCGGGAGUCGCCAGCCACCAUUGCGGCUAAAGGAGCUCCUGGCUGGGAGAAAUUCCUGGGCGGAAAAACAUCCACCGUCCAAUUCACUUCGGAGGAAGUGAAUAAGUUCAAGCAGCACAGGGAUGAGCAGAUGGCGCAUCAGAAUCAACAGCCACACCCGCCACGCCACCUGCCUCCCGCCACGCCACCCAAACCUCCUCCUAAGCCCAAAGCUAACCAGGUGCUGGAUGAUCACCCGCCCACUUCAGCCUUUCACAGCCCUCGCGGGAUCAAGAGCAGUUUCAAACCUCAACCGCGAAUGGUUUCGCCCACAAAUGCCAACAUCGGUCUUUCGCCCAUUCACGGCUCGAAGAGCUCUCCGUCUUUGAACCAAGGCUCGCCCAAUCACACGCCCACUUCGGCCAAUCUUCACCACCCCUCUUCGGAGAACCACCGCUCUCGUGGCAUUAAGAAACGUCAUCAUCACAACCAUCAUCAUCAUCAUCACCACAAUAAUGUGUGGAAGAAUAGCUUGGAGUCCUUGCGAGUGCCCAACAACCGCUCCUCGGAGACCAACGGGGAAAGCCCCUCCCGCGGGUUCAUUGCCGUGUCCUCCCCACCCCAAUCGAGAACACCGGGUGCCAACAACACCGAUCUCUACCAUGCCGGAGCCCCCGGUGUCAACCACAGCCAUAGCAACAGUGAUAGUGGACUGAGCUCCUUGAGUGGACGCACCUCCACCAUGUCGCCCAUCUCCACCAUGUCCACGGUGUCCAGUGUGAGCUCGGCCUCGUCAUCGGGUAGCUCCAGUCGGAAUAGUCUCCGCUCAGCUUCCAUUGUCAGUUCGUGCACCAUUCCUUUGGACGAGGAGGAGGAGCAACUCUCGAAUGAUUCAAGUCCCUCGGGAACGAUGAAAACCGAGUAUCACCAACCUCUCCUCUCGAACUCGCCCAUGAAACCCGGGAACAAGCGCCGUCCCAGUUUGGCCUGGGAGAAACUUCCUGAGGAGGUGGAAUGUGACGAGCUGUCUCGGGAGUUCUUGGAGCAAUUGCCGUCCAAUGCCGCCGUUCAUGGCAAGAAACUCAAAACUCUUUUUGGUGCACCCCACAAUGCGAAAACCUCUGCGGACUACAUUGAUGGCUUGUUCGACUUCGACUUGAGCGAGAACGAAUCCCAAAUCCAUCAGCGAAGAUUCCAAAAGAAUCUCAGUCCGUCCAUGCUCAAAAAUCGGAUUGAGGUUCUUCACAACGAGAACAAAAAAUCCAAUGCGGGGAGUUGUUCAUUCUCCAGCAUCGCUGAGAGCAAAGCCCGAUUCUUGAGGGAUGUGACCAAUGCAAACGACUUCAUGCAAGAUAAAAAGGAGCUUCUUUUGGCCAGAAUCUGCACGAAACUGGACAUUUUGAAAGCCGAGCAAGUGGCGUUGAAGGAGGAGACCAAAUUGAACGAAGAGCUUGGUCGAGAGAUCACGCUUCAGGUGAUGCAAUUGGCCCAACCCAAUGAGUGUGACAAAUACAAGCUUCAUUUGGAGGAGAUUGACAAGAUCUCGAGUCUUAUCUUUGGAUUAUCCGGCCGACUGGCCAGGGCCGAAAACGCCUUACUCGCUCUGCCAACGGACACCGAGGACAAAGAAAAGGAGGCCUUAGCGAGUAAACGCGACAAAUUGACGGAUCAAUUAUCCGAGGCCAAGAAAUUGAAAGAUAACAUUGACAAGCGGUCCAAAUUGGUGGGUGAUCUACUCAAGAAAUACCUCAAGGAGUCUACGCUCCAGGAUUACGGGGUGUAUGUCAAGAUGAAGGUCAAAUUGAUCAUGGAGUCGCGAGAAGUUCAAGAGAAGAUCGCCAUUGGCGAGGAACAGUCCGUGGCCCUCCAAGAUGUCAACUAAAACAAGAAACAUUUACUACUCCUAUAAUUAUUGUUACUAUUACGACGAAUACUACACAAACAUCAGGAUAAAAGAUUGUCUCAAGAACCUGGCUGUGAAAGAAGAAAAAAAAACACACAACAUGCUCCUUCAAUAGAAACUUGCUGAUCAACGUUGAAACAAAUGUUGAUGUUCGAAAGAAUUGUAAAUUUGAUAAUUGUUUUAAUGAUUCUCACCUUACCCUCCCCCUUUAUCACACAAUACUGCUGUUAGCUAUUAAUUACUACUAGUCUUGAGUUCAGCUCACUGAGGAAGUUGAAAGAAAUCAAUCUUCAGAAAUCCGGUUUUCCAACCUUUUCUUUACCCUUCUUUUUCUUCUUUUCUUUCCCCCGUUUUUUCAUGCAAAGCGAAGCAAAUUCUUGUCUUCUGUGCGCUCCUCCAUAAAUACUGGUGCCAUGCUUGCGACGUUCUUUUUUUAAAAAUAUGUCUCAAAAUGGUCAUGUAUCAUCAUUGCAAAUGAUUUGUUAAGAGAAAAAUAAAGAAUCGUUUUCUUCCUAAAA